ACUCACCAAAAUUGUAGUCUUUAUCGAUCAACAGGAGUCCGAGAGUAGAAUUUCAACAUGGGCGUUUUUGUACCAAUUGCGAGGAUCAUGGAUUCAUUAGCCGGGCCUGCAGUGAUGCUUCUAUAUCCUCUAUAUGCAUCAAUGCGAGCAAUUGAGAGUCCUACAAGCCUAGACGAUCAGCAAUGGCUAACAUACUGGGUCUUAUACUCACUCAUAACGCUUUUUGAGCUUUCUUGUUGGAAAGUUCUCGCUUGGUUUCCAAUUUGGCCAUACAUGAAGCUUGUAUUUGGCUUGUGGCUGGUGCUACCAAUAUUUAAUGGGGCAGCUUAUAUUUAUAUGAAUUUGGUGAGAAAAUAUGUUAAGAUUGGAGGCCGUGUGAAUAAUCCUGCUUAUUCUGAGACCCAAAAGAAGGUAAUCCAGAUGAUGAGCCUCGAUGCAAGGAAAUCCGUGGAGCUAUUCAUUGAUAAAUAUGGAACUGAAGCCUUUGAGCGAGUGGUCAAAGCGGCUGAAAAAGAAGCAAAGAAGCACUGAGGAGAUAUGGCUCAGUAACAAAAUCAAGAUACACAUGUAUAUGUAAAGAUAUAGAGAUGCUACAACCAACAAAUAUGGCUUUUAUAUUGUGUGUAAAUACGUUUAUAUUUGUAUAUUCUCUUGGGAAGACCAAACAUUACUCAUGUUUGGCCACGCACUCACCACCUGUAAUUAAUGGGGAUGAAUUUUCUUUAAAAAAGAUUUACUUUUUUUUUUUUUUUUUUG